AUGGAUUGUUUGGCUCGUGGAAUCCAGAGAAUAAAGCUUUGGUUGUUGGAAGGAACUUGCAAACCAAGGGAAGUUUCGACAACGUUUUUGGAAAAUGGAAGCUUUACAUUCGAAGGCCUUGCAUCUGCUACUAAUAUUAAAUAUGAUACUCCUUUCCGCAACUUCAAAGCCAAAGAGAUCAUUGCUGCAACAAGUGAUUUCCGGGAGGUUGUGAUGUACGAUGGAACUGGUCGCAUGUUCCGCGGUUCUUUUCAGGACCGCAUGAUUUUAGUUAAGACAUUCUUAAGAUUUUAUUCAUUUGUCAACCGCGACAUAGUAGUAUCAUUGCUGAUGAGUCGCCACCAAAAUGUUAUGAGGUUCUUGGGAUGUUGUUUGGAUUUCAAAGAACCAGUCCUUGUGUACGACUACACUGGGAAGCAUCGGCUUCUUGACGACAUUCUAUUUUACAGGAAGGAGACAGAUCCUUGGAAAGAUGCAGCUUCGUUUCCCUGGAAAAAUAGGUUAAGAGUUGCCAGUGGUGUGUCGAAUGCAAUCGUUUAUCUGCAUACUGCUUUUCUGAGUCCUAUCAUUCACACAAAUAUGUGCACAAAGAACAUUGUCGUUGAUCAGUUUGGUGCUGCCAAGUUGUUUGAUUUUUCAUUAUGCGUGCAACUGCCUCCCGGAGAAACACAAUUUGUGGUGGACACCAUCGUCGGGUAUACAGGACACUUAGCACCCGAAUACGCUAUGACUGGUACGAUCACAGAGAAGACGGAUGUAUACAUGUUUGGGAGACUUCUGCUCGUCCUCUUAACAGGUAAAAGGGACUUCUUUAAUCAAGAUGAUAAAUGGCUUGAUUUGGUUGAUUAUAUGCAAGAUGCAAUAGACAAUACUGAACUGGAUAUAGUACUAGACCCUGUCAAUCUGCUAGAAAGAGAUGGAAAAAUUGAAGAUCAACUGAAAAAUGUUGCAGAACUCGCUUUGAAAUGUACCCAACAGAAAGGAGAAGAUAGGCCAAACAUGAUCGAGGUAGCAAGACAACUCACAAGCAUUGAAACAUCAUGUCAGCUUCCUUAG